GACAGAUGAAGAUCUGGAGAGAGAAAGGCAUUGAGUUCCGAGAGAGCGAGAGAGAGAUUUGGGGUUCUCAGAGAGAGAGAGAGAGAAGGGUUCCCUUGAGAGACGGAGUUUAGUCUUCGCUGCCGUACCAAAGUUCGGCCCAUAACCAUACUUUCUAGUGGAAGAGAAGGACGAAGAGAGAGAGAGAUUGGGGGUUUUCUCACGCAUGUAUUUCCUCUGCCAUUUCGCAUCUAUGACACAUGCUUUCUCUCUCUAAAACCCUUCACACGCUAUUGAGCCUGUGAACCUCGGCGAAGAUUAUACAGUCUCUCUCUCUAGCCUCCAGCUUCAUCCCAUACUCUCUCUCUAACCAUCUGUAUUCUUCUGAGGAGAGGCUUCUGAUGCCCUUGUUUCUCUCUCCUCUUCUCCAUGGAAGAAGAAGAUGAGUUCGGCGACCUCUACACCGACGUCCUCACCUCUUCUUCUUCAAACCCUCCUCUUUUAUCUUCCUCUCUAAACCCUAUUUCUCUCUCUUUGCUUCCUCAUCAAAAUGAUGAAGAAAUCCUCUAUGAAACCCUAAUCAGUCCCAAAAUCCGAGGAAGUGGCACCAAAAAUGAAGCCACAGAUGAGAGAGAACCGGAAACCCUAGAGAAACCAGCACCCCAGGUUGGGCCUGAAACUGAUGGAUGGCAUGAUGAUCGUGGUGGUGACGCAGGCUGUGACACCAAGGGCUCGAGUGAUGGGAUCGAUCUUAUGGGCUCUGAGCAGAUUCCUGGUUUGAUUCCUGGGUUAUCAGCUGGACCCUUUAAGGCAGAAUUGUUCCCAAGCUCUGAAACGAGGGUACAACAGGAGAAGGGGGAGGAAGAGUGGGAUAGCGAUAGCGAGGAUGAUCUGAAAAUUGUUCUUAAUGAAGGGCACGAUAUCCUUGGACCAGGCCCUUCAGCUCUUGAGAGGAGAGAUGAUGAUGGUCAUGGUGAUAAUGUUGAUGAUGAUGAUGAGGAUGAUGAUGAUGAUGGGGAUGACUUUGUCAUUGUCGCAGGUGGAGAUCCCCAUGCUCAGGUGGUUGAAGAUCAAGAUUGGGUUGAGGAUCCAUCUCAGAUUGCAACUGAUGGAGACAAACCAGGUGCGGUUGAUGAUAGAGGCCAAGUUGCAAAGGUUAAUGCAGGAGUUGUGGCAAGGGUUGGAUUUGGAGGCCAUGGGUAUCACAUGCAUCAUUCACAGUUCAAGUAUGUGAGGCCUGGUGCUGCAACUGCAACUGGAGGUGUUGUUAAUAAUGUUCCUAGUGUCCCUGGUCAAGUCCGCUCUCUUGCUCCCAUGGGCCCCAUGUCUGGUCGUGGGAGAGGUGAUUGGAGGCCAAUGGGUGGCAAGAUUGUCCCUAAUAUGCAGAAAGGCUUUCAUGCAGGAUAUGGCUUGCAAACUUGGGCCAAUAAUUCAGCAAUGCGUGGUUUCAAUGGCAUGGAGUUCACUCUUCCAUCUCACAAGACAGUAUUUGAUAUUGACAUUGAUGCCUUUGAGGAGAAACCGUGGAGGCAACCUGGUGUGGAUACGUCUGACUUUUUCAACUUUGGUCUGGACGAGGACACUUGGAAGGAGUACUGCAAACAAUUGGAACAAUUACGUUUGGAAGCCACCAUGCAGAGCAAGAUUCGUGUUUAUGAAAGUGGACGGUCUGAGCAGGAUUAUGAUCCAGAUCUACCUCCAGAACUAGCAGCAGCGGCGGGUCUCCAUGAUCCUUCCAUGGAUAAUCAGCAUAUUAAUAAGACUGAUAUUGGAUCAUCCGAUGCAGCUGGUCUUGUUAGGGGAUCUACACGGGUUCGUCCUCAGAUACCUACAGGGAGAGCGAUACAGGUUGAAGGUGGCUAUGGUGAACGCCUUCCGUCUAUUGAUACCAGACCGCCAAGAUUUCGUGAACCUGAUUCCAUCAUCGAGAUUAUCCCUCAAGGUACUCCUGAAGAUGAUUCUGUUCCCUCUAAUGAUGCUGCCGAGCAAGCAGAUAAUGGCCAUGAAUCAGAGGGUCUCAGAAAUGAAGGCCAGGAAGUUGAAGAAGAUAGUAAACAAGUUGAUGCCGACAGCAUAGAGCAGUUUCCUCAAUCGUAUGAUGGCAGGAAGCGGGAAAUGGUUCCCAAUAGAAGAGGUCCCAUUCUGGGACCUGUUCACAAUACCGUGCGUGAAGGAGAUGGGAUUUUACCUUUUCCUCCUGAGGCACCUCUCCAGUAUCAUCCUGGUUCUAAAGUUAGGGCACCCAUAUAUCCAAUGGGUCUUCUUGGGGCACCUCAUGGAGGCAGGGGUUGGUCGCAGGGACCAACAGUACACGAGAGGUACCUUCCAAUAAAUAAUGAGCCUCCAAAUGUUCCCAUCCUCGAUGAAUCCAUUCGAGAUCACAGGAAGAAAGAGAAAUCAUUUGAUAGCAUGGAAUAUAAAAGGAGUUCGGAAGUGCCAAGGCCUGCCUUAGAUGAAGUGGCAAGGGAACAGAGUGUCGACCAGAGAGGUGAUGCUAUGGAUAGUGAGCAUAUGCUCCCUGAACAGGUAGCCGAUGAAGGUGAAGAAGUCAUUUCAGACAUGAAAAUGCCGAAUGAGGCCAAUGAGGAUAUUGGUUCUUCUGUCCAUCCUGGUAAGAGACAGAAAUUGAGUUCCCUGAUUGAGCCACUACCGUCUCUUCGAGAACCCGUUGAUGAUUUGAAGGCUUCAAGAAGUGAUAAUAGCAGGGGAAGGUCGGGAAGCAGCAAGGACUACCCAAAAAGGCAUGAGGUGGGGGAGGAAGAGGAGGUCGAAGAUGGAAGAGUAAGGCAGUUAGGCGAAGGGAAAAGGCGACAUGGUGAGGAAGAGUCUAGUUUUCGUAGGAAAGAUGAUUAUGUUCGAGAUGGCCGGCAUGAGGCUGAUAGAAAACGUGUCGCUAUGAAAGGAAGAGAGGACGUGUAUCGCCGGGCUGGUAAUGGUGCUUACCCCCUUCGUGAAUGGGCUCUUGAUGUUCCUCACUUCAUUCGCAAGAAUGAGGGGUUCGAUAGACUGAAGGAGAGAGAAAAUGGAAUGGGGUCUUGGCCAUGGAGAGAGGAAGAUACACGUGGGAGGAGAGAGAAAGAUGAGGAUUUGAGGAGACGGGAUCGGGUUGAGGAGAUGGGUUCUAAGCACAGAGGUAAGGGGCAUGAGGCAAGUAGGAGUGAGAAAGAUGAGCUGAACCAUCUUCGAAAAAGGGCAGAUGAUUUUGAUUGGAGGGCUCACCAUGAUAAAGAAGUUUCAAGACAGAGGGAAGGUGACGAUUUCUCAUUGGUGAGGCAUGAUGCCUUGGAUGACCCACGUGUAAAGAGGAGGAAGGAUGAAGAGGUUCAGAGGAGAGAGAGAGAUGACAAGGAAGAUAACAUAUAUAGGGUUCGGGAAGAUGCAAGUAGAAGGAAAAGAGAGAAAGAUGACAGCCUUGACCAUAGGAGAAGAGAAGAUCGAGCUAGAUCUCGAGACAGGCCUGAAGAUCACCACUCUUUCCGUCAGAGGGAGAGGGAUAGCAGUUGGCGACAGAGAGAGAGAGAAGACCACCAUAGGGGAGAAAGUGAGGGAAGAUCAGCACAGCUCAGUAGAGAAAGAGAAGAUGCACGGGGCUCAGCAAGGAGCGAUCGUACUAUGGAGGAGAGAGCUUGGGUUGGGGGUUCGAGGGCUAUCAAGGAUGGAUCUAAAUCUAUGGGCUCUGAUAAAGAUCAUCACCUUAAAGAUAAAAGGCGACAUAGUGAGCAACAACCCAAGAUAAGGGAUCGAAUAGAGGAAGACACUUCUACAAGGCGGAGGGGUCGUGAGGAAUCUGCAUAUUCCCGAGAAAGCCACCCAAUUAAUGAGGAAAGGAAUUUCAGGCGUGAGAAGUCGACCACACAAAAUGAGUCGGAGAGUCAGAGGAUGUAUAAGGACAGGUCCAAAGAGAGUAAUACCAGGAAGAUUAAGGAGUCCGAAAGGGUCGAUCAAAAUGAUUUGGCUUCUGUUGCCUCGAAUAAGCACGAUCGAGCUGUUUCACACCGUAAUGAGAAGGUUGCUAGGAGAGAUGUGCCCUACCAAGCAACUAGCAAUGCCUUUACAGGGCGAGGAGAACCUCGAGACCGUAACCACCCCAGGUACUCAUCUACCUCAAAGAAGUCUAGCGAUCAUGAUAGUCAUGUUCGACAAUCUGCAAAGCCUCCAAAACCCUCAGAGGAAGGUGUAUCUGAUGAUGAAAGCUCGAGGAGGGGUCGUUCAAAGCUCGAACGCUGGACAAGUCACAAGGAUAGAGAAGGUAAUCCUCAACCAAAGGCAACCCGCGAGUCUGAGUCAAGCGAGCCUGAAAAAAUUGAGGCAUUGGUUUUCGACCAAGAAGAUCUUGAGAGAGAGGAUGAGCAAGAUGUGAAGAGAGAGAAUGAGAAGCUUCAAUCCUUGGGUGAGGAAGAAAAUAGUAUUGGUUUCGAGAUGAAAGGCACAUCCAAUGAUGAUUGGCUGGUUGUAGACGCAGAUCGAAAUGGAGAAGACCGACAUCUUGAGACUGUUGAGAAGUUGAAGAAGAGGAGCGAACGAUUCAAGCUGCCAAUGCCCGGAGAGAAGGAGUCAAGUCGGAGGGUUGAGAGUGAGGCGGCCAGCCAAAGUGAGCAUGUAGAAAUCAAACAAGAGAGGCCUGCAAGGAAGCGAAGGUGGGUGAGUUGACUAGGUGAACUUGAAUGUUUUCCUUUGGCAGUAAGGCUUGGUGGGUGCUCAUUACAAGAUAAAAGAUGAUGGAGUGCCUAGCAUUGGCUCACUAGGGCCUCCAAUUUCAUUCUUAGAGUUUGUGCUGCCCAUGCUCCCCACCCCUAACUUCUGAUUCGACCUCAUUUGGUGGGGAAAAAGCCCAUGGACCUGUCUUUUGUUUUUGUUUUUAAUUUCCUUUACUCUGAAUAUGACUGUACUGCAGUCUCUCUCUCUCUCAAUCUCAACCAAAAUGAAAUGACUGCUACCCUAUGUUUGAUGUAUGUAUAAUGUACCCUUGAGCACUUGUGUCCAGUGAAAUCACCUAUUGCGGUGGCUGGAGAACUAAGAAAUUUCCGGUUUUCUAGCACUUUGUACUGAACAAGUAGAGUCUCUAAGUGAGAAUAUCAGCCUCUAUAGUGGACAGGUAGGAAUUUCUAUGA